AUGCCUGCCUUCUUGGACAGCAUUGCCACCAUCAUCAGUGUCUUCUACAGGCAUGCAAGGGAAGGUGGAAGCUGCUCCAGCCUCAGCAGGAGGAAGAUGAAGGAGCUCAUCGAGGAGGAGUUUGCAGAUGUCAUAGCUAAGCCUCACGACCCUCAGACCAUUGAGAAGAUCCUGCAGUUCCUGGAGUGGGAUGGGGAUGGGGAAAUCGAUUUCACCGAGUACCUGCUCCUGGUGUUCAAGGCAGCCAGGGCCUGCUACUGCUACCUGCCCAGGGGCUCAACCCUGCUGCAAAGAACCAAGCUGGCGACCACCAGCAAGACCCCCCCGGGAGCUGAGACCAAGAGCAGAGGGAGCCGGCGGCAGCCCCAGGGGGAAGAAGAAGGAAGCCAUGAGAGAAACCAUCCCAGGGGCGAGCCUGAGCUGCGAGCAGACGCCAGGCUCAGCGAGCUUGAACGGCUCCAGGCAAGGAGGGGCCAGCAGCAGCAACGCAGCCAGCAAGGCAGAGACGACAGCAGAGGAAGCACCGAGAUGGGGGAGCCAAACCCUCGGCUCCGAGAGCAGCGAAGCCAGGAGCCAGGGGAGCAGAGAAGACGUCGGCCACCAGAGCCAGCCAGGGGGGAAGGAGAGCUCAGGGGGCACAGCAGCUGCAGAGAGCAGGCAGAAGAGAGGCAACAUCAAGAGAGGCCUCGUCCAGGGCAGCUGGAGGACGUGAGGAGCUGCGAGCCUCAGCCACUGGACCAGCGGAGUGGCCUUGGGCCACAGGAGCCAGCGUGGCCAGCACAGCAUCAGAGCAGGCAGUGGCCAGGGGAAGCAGACAGAAGGAGGCUCAAUCAGCCACGCAGAGAGGACAGAAGCUGCUACCUGCUACGUGAGCCGGGACAAAGAGCAGCUGAAGGCAGCAGCCCCCAGCCACAGGAGAGCCUGGCCCGGAGGCGCCCACACCAGGCACAGCUGCAGGAGCCGCUGGAGCUUGACCGCAGCUGCCGGCAGAGCUGUGAGCCACAAAGAGAGGUGCAGGAGCAGGAGGAGGUCCAGCAACAGGAGGUUGGGUAUGAGGAAAGCGAGAGAGAAACUCGUGAGGAUCAGGAAGGGGAAGAAGAAGAUGUUGGAAUGAGGAGGGAGAGGAGAAUCGAUCGGGAACGGGAGCUGGACCUGGAGGUCUACGAACGCCAGAGCAGAGAGAGAAGAACAAGGGAAGAACAAGGAGCCAGAAGCAGCCUGAGAGAGAGCAGAGAUGGAGAAAGGAGACAACGAGAGACAGGGAGGUACGAGAGGAGUCGAGAGGCUGAGAGGGCAGAGGCAGAAGCUGAGCUGAGGAUCUAUCGAGAGUCUCGGGAUUUGGAGUCACGGACGGAGGUUGUUGAAGGGAGGGACCGGGACAAUGUCCGCGGAGAUCUGGAAGAUGAGAGGAGGAUCAGAGGGCAACGAGAGAGGGCAGAGCCUGUGCGACAGAGGAGAAUCGAUCGGGAACGGGAGCGGGACCUGGAGACUGAUGAACGCCGGAGCAGAGGGAGAAGAAUAAGGGAAGAGCAGCGAGACAGCAGAGAGAGCAGAGAUGGAGAGAGAAGGCAACGUGAGACAGAGAGGUACGAGAGGAGUCGAGAGGCAGAGAGGGCAGAGGCAGAAGCUGAGCUGAGGAUCCAUCGAGAGUCUCGGGAGCUGGAGCCACGGACGGAGAUUGUUGAAGGGAGGGACCAGAGCAGUGCCCGUGGGGAUCUGGAAGAUGAGAGGAGGAUCAGAGGGCAACGAGAGAGGGCAGAGCCUGUGCGGGAGAGGAGAAUCGAUCGGGAACGGGAGCUGGACCUGGAGGCUGAUGAACACCAGAGCAGAGAGAGAAGAGAAAGAGAAGAACGAGGAGCCAGAAGCAGCCUGAGAGAGAGCAGAGACGGAGAGAGAAGGCAACGUGAGACAGAGAGCUAUGAAAGGAGUCGAGAGGCUGAGAGGGCAGAGGCAGAAGCUGAGCUGGGGAUCUAUCGAGAGUCUCGGGAGCUGGAGCCACGGACGGAGGUCCUGGAAAGAAGGAGCAGGGACAGUGCCCGUGGGGAUCUGGAAGAUGAGAGGAGGAUCAGAGGACAACGAGAGAGGGCAGAGCCUGUGCGAGAGAGGAGAAUCGAUCAGGACCGGGAGCUGGACCUGGAGGUUGAUGAACGCCGGAACAGAGAGAGAAUAAGAAGGGAAGAGCAAGGAGGCAGAAGCAGCCUGAGAGAGAGCAGAGAUGGAGAGAGAAGGCAACGUGAGACAAGGAGGUACGAGAGGAGUCGAGAGGCUGAGAGGGCAGAGGCAGAAGCUGAGCUGAGGAUCUAUCGAGAGUCUCGGGAGCUGGAGCCACGAACGGAGGUUGUUGAAGGGAGGGACCGGGACAAUGUCCGCGGAGAUCUGGAAGAUGAGAGGAGGAUCAGAGGGCAACGAGAGAGGGCAGAGCCUGUGCGAGAGAGGAGAAUCGAUCGGGAACGGGAGCUGGACCUGGAGACUGAUGAACUCCGGAGCAGAGGGAGAAGAAUAAGGGAAGAGCAGCGAGACAGCAGAGAGAGCAGAGAUGGAGAGAGAAGGCAACGUGAGACAGGGAGGUACGAGAGGAGUCGAGAGGCUGAGAGGGCAGAGGCAGAAGCUGAGCUGAGGAUCCAUCGAGAGUCUCGGGAGCAGGAGCCACGGACGGAGGUCUUGGAAAGAAGAAGCAGGGACAGUGCCCGUGGGGAUCUGGAAGAUGAGAGGAGGAUCAGAGGGCAACGAGAGAGGGCAGAGCCUGUGCGGGACAGGAGAAUUGAUCGGGAACGGGAGCUGGACCUGGAGGUUGAUGAACACCAGAGCAGAGAGAGAAGAGAAAGAGAAGAACGAGGAGCCAGAAGCAGCCUGAGAGAGAGCAGAGAUGGAGAAAGGAGACAACGAGAGACAGGGAGGUACGAGAGGAGUCGAGAAGCUGAGAGGGCAGAGGCAGAAGCUGAGCUGAGGAUCUAUCGAGAGUCUCGGGAGCUGGAGCCACGGACGGAGGUCCUGGAAAGGAGCAGGGACAGUGCCCGUGGGGAUCUGGAAGAUGAGAGGAGGAUCAGAGGGCAACGAGAGAGGGCAAAGCCUGUGCGGGAGAGGAGAAUCGAUCAGGACCGGGAGCUGGACCUGGAGGUUGAUGAACGCCGGAACAGAGAGAGAAGAACAAGGGAAGAACAAGGAGCCAGAAGCAGCCUGAGAGAGAGCAGAGAUGGAGAAAGGAGACAACGUGAGACAAGGAGGUACGAGAGGAGUCGAGAGGCAGAGAGGGCAGAGGCAGAAGCUGAGCUGAGGAUCUAUCGAGAGUCUCGGGAGCUGGAGCCACGGACGAGGAUUGUUGAAGGGAGGGACCAGAGCAGUGCCCGUGGGGAUCUGGAAGAUGAGAGGAGGAUCAGAGGGCAACGAGAGAGGGCAGAGCCUGUGCGGGAUAGGAGAAUUGAUCGGGAACGGGAGCUGGACCUGGAGGUUGAUGAACACCAGAGCAGAGAGAGAAGAGAAAGAGAAGAACGAGGAGCCAGAAGCAGCCUGAGAGAGAGCAGAGAUGGAGAAAGGAGACAACGAGAGACAGGGAGGUACGAGAGGAGUCGAGAGGCUGAGAGGGCAGAGGCAGAAGCUGAGCUGAGGAUCCAUCGAGAGUCUCGGGAGCUGGAGCCACGAACGGAGGUUGUUGAAGGGAGGGACCGGGACAAUGUCCGCGGAGAUCUGGAAGAUGAGAGGAGGAUCAGAGGGCAACGAGAGAGGGCAGAGCCUGUGCGAGAGAGGAGAAUCGAUCGGGAACGGGAGCUGGACCUGGAGACUGAUGAACUCCGGAGCAGAGGGAGAAGAAUAAGGGAAGAGCAGCGAGACAGCAGAGAGAGCAGAGAUGGAGAGAGAAGGCAACGUGAGACAGGGAGGUACGAGAGGAGUCGAGAAGCUGAGAGGGCAGAGGCAGAAGCUGAGCUGAGGAUCCAUCGAGAGUCUCGGGAGCAGGAGCCACGGACGGAGGUCUUGGAAAGAAGGAGCAGGGACAGUGCCCGUGGGGAUCUGGAAGAUGAGAGGAGGAUCAGAGGACAACGAGAGAGGGCAGAGCCUGUGCGGGAGAGGAGAAUCGAUCAGGACCGGGAGCUGGACCUGGAGGUUGAUGAACGCCGGAACAGAGAGAGAAGAACAAGGGAAGAACAAGGAGCCAGAAGCAGCCUGAGAGAGAGCAGAGAUGGAGAAAGGAGACAACGAGAGACAGGGAGGUACGAGAGGAGUCGAGAGGCAGAGAGGGCAGAGGCAGAAGCUGAGCUGAGGAUCUAUCGAGAGUCUCGGGAGCUGGAGCCACGGACGAGGAUUGUUGAAGGGAGGGACCAGAGCAGUGCCCGUGGGGAUCUGGAAGAUGAGAGGAGGAUCAGAAGGCAACGAGAGAGGGCAGAGCCUGUGCGGGAGAGGAGAACUGAUCGGGAGCGGGAGCUGGACCUGGAGGUUGAUGAACACCAGAGCAGAGAGAGAAGAGAAAGAGAAGAGCAAGGAGCCAGAAGCAGCCUGAGAGAGAGCAGAGAUGGAGAGAGAAGGCAACGUGAGACAGAGAGGUACGAGAGGAGUCGAGAGGCUGAGAGGGCAGAGGCAGAAGCUGAGCUGAGGAUCUAUCGAGAGUCUCGGGAUUUGGAGCCACGGACGAGGAUUGUUGAAGGGAGGGACCAGAGCAGUGCCCGUGGGGAUCUGGAAGAUGAGAGGAGGAUCAGAAGGCAACGAGAGAGGGCAGAGCCUGUGCGGGAGAGGAGAACUGAUCGGGAGCGGGAGCUGGACCUGGAGGCUGAUGAACACCAGAGCAGAGAGAGAAGAGAAAGAGAAGAACGAGGAGCCAGAAGCAGCCUGAGAGAGAGCAGAGACGGAGAGAGAAGGCAACGUGAGACAGAGAGCUAUGAAAGGAGUCGAGAGGCUGAGAGGGGAGAGGCAGAAGCUGAGCUGAGGAUCUAUCGAGAGUCUCGGGAGCUGGAGCCACGAACGGAGGUUGUUGAAGGGAGGGACCGGGACAAUGUCCGCGGAGAUCUGGAAGAUGAGAGGAGGAUCAGAAGGCAACGAGAGAGGGCAGAGCCUGUGCGAGAGAGGAGAAUCGAUCGGGAACGGGAGCUGGACCUGGAGACUGAUGAACUCCGGAGCAGAGGGAGAAGAAUAAGGGAAGAGCAGCGAGACAGCAGAGAGAGCAGAGACGGAGAGAGAAGGCAACGUGAGACAGAGAGGUACGAGAGGAGUCGAGAGGCUGAGAGGGCAGAGGCAGAAGCUGAGCUGAGGAUCUAUCGAGAGUCUCGGGAGCAGGAGCCACGGACGGAGGUCCUGGAAAGAAGGAGCAGGGACAGUGCCCGUGGGGAUCUGGAAGAUGAGAGGAGGAUCAGAGGACAACGAGAGAGGGCAGAGCCUGUGCGGGAGAGGAGAAUCGAUCAGGACCGGGAGCUGGACCUGGAGGUUGAUGAACGCCGGAACAGAGAGAUAAGAACAAGGGAAGAACAAGGAGCCAGAAGCAGCCUGAGAGAGAGCAGAGAUGGAGAAAGGAGACAACGAGAGACAGGGAGGUACGAGAGGAGUCGAGAGGCUGAGAGGGCAGAGGCAGAAGCUGAGCUGAGGAUCCAUCGAGAGUCUCGGGAGCUGGAGCCACGGACGGAGGUCGUUGAAGGGAGGGACCAGAGCAGUGCCCGUGGGGAUCUGGAAGAUGAGAGGAGGAUCAGAAGGCAACGAGAGAGGGCAGAGCCUGUGCGGGACAGGAGAACUGAUCGGGAACGGGAGCUGGAGAUCUAUGAGAGCCAAAGAGGAGAGAGGAGUGGAAGAGAAGAGCAAGGAGCCAGGACCAGCCAGAAGGAGUCCCGAGAGAGCAGCAGGCUCCAGGUAAUAGAGGAGGAGCAGGAGGUUGACCUUAUCCUCCGCCGUCAGGUAGCUGAUUCACGGCGUGAAGGCUCCGAGGUCACUGCCGCUGAGCCCUCAGCAGAAGGGAGACAGAGGAGCCUCAGGCUGCCGAGUGAGGAGGAAGCUCCUGAGGCCGACAGCAGCUGUGAGGAUGAAAGACGAAGACUUGAGAGGAGCCUCUACCAAACCGUGGAUGUGGACACCGGGGACCUGUCCCUGCCAGGGCAGCCGGCACCAGUCACUGGCCUGAGGGUCUGCUACAUCCCAGCCGAGCCUGGCGUGCAGCCGGAGGUGAAGGUCCUGCCCCAGCCCUGCGACCCUCAGACCAUUGCCUACCUGGUCCAUGUGAUCCAGAACGUGAAUGAUCCUGAAGCCACCACCUAUGAGAUCUUCUGCCACCAGCCCCACGGCCCGGAGCAGCCUCUCUGCGUCAAGAAGUGCCAAGUGUCAGCCAAGCCACCAGCAGCCUCCCGCGAUGCCAACAACCCCCCAGAGCCCAGAGCCCUGCGGCCAGAGGACCUCCCAGCUCCCAGCCCUCAGGAAAACCCAGAGGAUCUCCAGGAGCCGCAGGAAAGGACAGAAAGAGGAGUGAAGGAAGCGGCUCCCCGGGCUUCUGCUGCCGAGGUGGGCGCUGCCAAGGGUGCCCCUUGCCGGGCAAAGGCCAAGGAGGAGCGGAGAGAGAGUCAGCGCCCCGAGGCGCCCAGCGCGGAGGAGAAUCAGCAGCAGCCUCAGGGAGAUGGAUCAAAGGCUGCCAGGGGCCUGCGGGAGCCUGAAUCCAGCUGCCAGGAUCGUGAGGAUAGGGAGGCCAAGGGCUGCCCACCUCCGCCCCGGGCUGCAGAGCCCCGGGAAGCCGGAGGGCAGGGCCGGAGAGCUGCCGACGAGAGCCGAGCUCAGCCGGCGCGGAGGGACGGGGCCAGCCGCGGCCGAGAGGGUGCGGAGCUGCCUCUGGCCGAGAGAAGCAGCCAGGCACGGCAGGAGAGCGGCAGCGGCAGCCCCCGGGCGGGGAGCGAUGUCGAGCGGCAGGAGCAGCCCCGUCCGGGCACCAAGCAGAGCCCCUCCGGCGCUCCGCUCCCGCAGGAGGCACCGAGCCGCCCCGCCAAGGACGCAGCCAAAGCUUCUUGA